UGCUAAAAGGUCUCGACAACUCCAUCUAGCGGUCGAACGAGAAAUUCCAUUUAAACCUAAAAAGGUUUUUUUACAUAAGGGUCCUAGACCACCGAGAUCAUUCAACCCUCGGAUCUGGGGUGUUACGUGACUUUUCAAAAUUCAGUGUUGUAUUAGGUAACUGGGACCUGUCGAAGGUCGAUUCAGCUUGAAUUACUGGCGCUAUCGUUCUCUCUAUAAACAAAACAACACAACACCACAGCUGACCAGAGACUUUCUGAUUUAGUUCAUCUAUCCUUCUGGAGCAGUGUAACCGAAACCACCUCUCCAAUGUCACUCUUCUGUACGACUCUCCGAUUCGGUGUAAGGAAUGUACGCCUCAGCAGGCAAACAUCUUCUUGUUUCAACUUGUCCAGCUGGGCAUUUAAUUUAACAAAACCAUCUACAACCAAGGCCAGUGUAUCAAUUGGGAAGUAUUUGCCUGCCAAUAAAUUAUGCAGGAGUUUCAGUACUCACAUUGAAAGGCAACCUCAUUCAGAACAUUUCUUUCUUCGUCAGCUAUUUGAUAGGGAAAGUUGCACAUACACUUACCUCCUUGCUGAUGCAUUUACAAAAGAUGCAGUGCUGAUUGAUCCUGUCAUCCAGCUUAUCGACAGGGACCUAGAAAUUGUCAAGGAAUUGGGCCUUAACAUCAGAUAUGCUUUAAGUACUCAUAUGCACUCCGAUCAUACGACCACCGUUCAAAAGCUGAAGAAGUACCUUCCAUUAUGCAAAACUGCCAUUUCUGUUGCCAGCGGAGCGACCGCGGAUGUUCUAGUUCGCCAUGGCGAUAUCAUAAGGAUUGGCCGACUUAACCUAGAAGUACGAGCAACACCAGGACAUACGAACUGUUGCGUUACUUAUGUCUGCCACGAAGAAGGAGUGGCCUUUACCGGGGACACUUUAUUAAUUAGAGGAUGUGGUCGUACUGAUUUCGAUCAAGGCGAUCCGGAAACUUUAUACAACUCGAUUUAUAACCAAAUAUUCUCACUGCCCAACACACACCGGCUCUAUCCAGGUCACGAUUACAGAGGUCGGACCGUCACCACCGUGUACGAAGAAAAACGCUACAAUCCGCGAUUGACGAAAAGCAGGGAAGAAUUCAUUCAAAUCAUGAAAACCUUGAAUUUGGCCCACGCUACCGAUAACCAAAUGGAACAUUCCCUGCCAGACAGUUUCAAGUAGAAGUGUCCUGAUGGAUGAAUCUGUCACCUGAUAAAUAGGAAAACUUGAUCUUCUGAGUAGCUUUUCUUUCCACAUCCAUUGUAUCAACAUGACGUGUUUAAGCGAGCAUUUUCCAAAUAAAUAUAUUACUACAUA